GUGCAGCUGUUCCGCCGUGGGCUCACUGCAUGCUGUGUGCGACCAGGCAAACAAUGGCCAGUGCGCGUGCAAGCCCGGCAGCAGCGGACUCGACUGUGCCCAGUGCCUGCCUGGAUUCUUCAAGCAGAACAGCACUUCCCAGUCGUGUGCUACGUCCAAAGACGGUCAGCCGUGUCAAGAUUGCCGUUGCUCUCCCGUUGGCUCUAAAAGCAGCCAGUGCAGCGUGACCAGCGGCGAAUGUUUGUGCCUACCUGGUUACACGGGACAGCGGUGUGAUGAGUGCACGGACGCCGCUCAAUACUACACCGAGCAAGCAGGCUGCCUAAACAUGAAUGAGUCUAUGCUGACACCGCUUGCGGAUACUCAGGUCAGCGGGGAUUCGUUCUCUCUCACCUACCCGGUGGUCUUUGGAUCCAGCUAUGCAGAGUACAGCAACGUUACGGUGUCGAGGAACGGAUUUGUGUCGCUGGCCGGCUUCACGGGCGGUUACAACCGUGUUGACCGUGUGACUGACAGUAUUGCUCUGGUGGCACCGCUGUGGACUAACACUGCUACAGCCAGCCGUUGCAAUUCAGGUACGGUGACUAGCCAUGUUGUGAGCAACAGCACCGACGCAGCCACCUUCUCGCAGAUCCUUCAGGCAGUGAGGGCGUCCUCCAUUCGCAGUGAAGAGUUCACACCCAGCGAGGCGGUCGUCACGACCUGGCGUGAGAUGCGCGAGAAUGACACACACGACAGACGCAACACAUUCCAGGCAGCCAUCAUUGGUGACGAGUGUCAGACCUUCGCCCUGUUCUUCUACCCCAAGUAUGGUGUCAGCUGGCUGGGUAACCCCAAGGCUGUGGUGGCUGCAUGGCGUCCGGCAAAUGGCAACAUCGAGAGCUACUUCAGCCCAGCCAGUGUAGCACGUCAGCUAGUCACCAGGCUAACACCGGGCUGCAGCCAGCGUCUGCGCGGCAUCAAGAAAUGCCGUGCCCUCGCGGAGACUCCGUCCUACCUCCAGUCCACCGCCAAUCUCCUCCAGUGCCCGGUAGAGCGUGCAACAACCUCUGUACUCGGCAUCUUUGAGCCACAGCCCGCAGUGUCUGGCAGCUAUCUCUGCUACAGGUCAACCCCGGUCUCCAAUGGAUCACGCUACCAGGCUUCUUCGGUCUGCUGCUAUGGCAGUGACGGACUUCUGGUUGAUAGUGGUGCCCUUCAGGCGUACGAAACAUACCAAGUCAUCGAUGCUUCCAUCCUGGCUUACUGCCAGCAGGGAGACGUUCUGAACGAGUUCUUUGGCAAGCGCCGCUCGCCCAGAGCCACCACAAACAGAGUGGCACUGACUCAAGCUUCUGGAUUUGGUGACCCUCACUUGACCAACUUCAAGGGUGAGGACUUUGAUUUCCAUGGCAUUGGCGAGUACCUGAUGGCAAGGUUUGUAACACCAGCGGCGUACAAUUUCUCCAUUUUCACCAGGCUGGAAGUGGCCCCGGUUAAUGCUUUCAGCUUCACGUCUAUCACCCGCGUAGCCAUCAACCUCUGGAUCAGUAGGUUACAGCAGACUCUGAGCGUGGAGGUGUUUGCAUACAGCAACAGCACCCUUGCCAUUGUCGGAGAUGAUCAGCUGGUGCAGAGUAUCCGCGCCGGCAAACAUACCUAUUUCAGACUGCACAGCGGCAGUCUUGUGAUGUCGUACGGCUCAAGCAGUGUGCAAGUCUCCGUUCAGCAAGCACCUGUCCUCUUCUUGGCCUUCCAAGUGGCGCAUGAUCCCUUCUCCACCGUGGACGGUCUUCUCAACAUGUCUCGUCCCAGCGUUGAUCUGAGCAACUCGGCAAGUGUUCUGGCUGCAGCGGCAACUCUGCAAGUUCAGCCAGACCAUGAUGUGUUCAGCUACAAUGACAACACCACCUACGCAACAUACAAUCCAGCUGGCGUUGUGCCCAACCAGGCUGUUGUCGACGUGCUGAACAUCAGCAGCAAGGCAAACGCCACUUGCAAUGGAGACUUCGCUUGCCUGGCCGACUUCAUUGCAACUGGCAGCACCACACUGGCCGCAUCUACCCUCGUGACGGAGAAAGCUCUUCAGCAGUCCUCCAUUGCCGUGGCUCGCAGUCCACCACUGAUAACAUUGUCUACUGAUGUCCUCAAUGCUAACUUCAAUGUAACCAGCAACGUGACUGUUCGUGCUGCUGCUACGCUCACUCUCAACAUCUCGGUUAUCGAAGUGGCCACCUCCAGCGGGAUUGUCCCUGGUGAUCUGGUGUCGGCCUACUCCCCGCAGUCUGGAUUGGUGCUUAGCUGGACUCCCAGCCAGCGCCAGCCGGCGAGCAGCAGUAUUGUGCUGCGCGUGCGUGCCGUUGACUCGGCCAACCAGGCUUCCAUCGUUACCGUGCCAAUCACCCUCUGCAGCUGUUUCGGAGAGUGCAGCGAUGCACCAGCCAGCACUGCUGUCUCAACACCCUUCACUCUACUUACAUGUACUGCAUGCUUGCCAGGUCAAACUGGCCGUAUUUGCGAGAGCGACAUCGACGCUUGCCUGUUGCAGCCCUGCGGUGGACUGCGGCAAUGCUCGGACGAGCCCGCCCCAUCGCUGGGCUACCGAUGCGGAGCAUGCGCAAGCGGUUUCCGCGACGGCGGUUCUUCAAACUUGUCCUGUGUGCAAAUGGACGAGUGCGCGGAGGGUGUUGCGGUGUGCGCACCCACAAUCAGCACUUGCCAGGAUCAGCUUGCCUCCUAUCACUGUCCUUGUGCAGUGGGAUAUACUGGUACUGGAAACAAAAGCUGUGUCGAUGUGGACGAGUGUCAAGAUGCUCAGUUGAAUGACUGUGACCAUAAAUAUGCAACCUGCACCAACACCAGAGGAAGCUAUACGUGUGGUUGUAAGCGUGGAUUCCAGGGACCGGGUAUUAGCGCACAUGGAGGUUGCCAUGCUGUGACCUGCCAGGUACCAACUAUCAGCAAUGGGACAUCUAGCCAAACAAGGAUGAUCAGAUAUCAAGAAUCAGUAACCUACACCUGCAAUACUGGCUACACACUGAGUGGAGUGAACACAUCAACAUGUGCAGCUGAUGGUACUAUACUAUCACCCAGUUGUCUAGCUGUGACCUGCCAGGUACCAACUAUCAGCAACGGGAUAUCUAGCCAAACAGGGAUGAUCAGAUAUCAAGAAUCAGUAACCUACACCUGCAAUACUGGCUACACACUGAGUGGAGUGAACACAUCAACAUGUACAGCUGAUGGUACUAUACUAUCACCCAGUUGUCUAGCACCUUUCACCCGACCGACAGCUGGUCAAACCACAACCCAUGCGGCAAACGGGAUAUCCACAGCAAAACCACCCAACGGUAAAAAAUUGGGCAAUGCAAACUAUGCCUGGGUUGGUGGCCUAGUCAGUGGUCUGCUAGUUAUUGCCGGGAUUGCAGCCGUUCUGAUAUUCCGCCGUCGUCGCAGCUCUCAACAAGGGGCGACUGCUCAUAGAAGCAAGCAUGAGGCCUUGCAACAGUAUCAGCAGUCGUCCGCUUGUUCAACUCAAGACUUUCAGCGUCGCGGUACAACCUUCAGCUGGGGGUUGGAAACGAGUGAAGAGAGUGAUUUUCCGGUAACACCCGCUGCCCCAACCCUAUCCGCAAUUCCGGCUUCUUCCAGCGAGGCAUCACUACACAGUAAUACGUAUGAAAACAAGGUCACUUUGACCCUUAAAACAUUCACUGCGGAUGAGGAAGUUGAUUUGGGUGCCACGAAAGCACCCUGGACACCCAGCAAGCGUAAGCUUCUGUCGUCAGACACAGUGGAUGAAGAACUGAGUGCAAGUUUCACUGAUUCCCUGGACAGCCACCCUAGCGCUCUGGACGGCAAAAGCAUGCAGUCUACUUGCAUCUGAUGAGUUUUUAUAACGGAAGAAAGUGCGCCAAGUACAAGCACAACUUGACUAAGAACAAUCAGAGUAUUGUCCUGGUUUACUGUUCUCUUAAAGCCACUUCUUCAAGAACUCUCUUGCAUUUCCUCGUUUCAUAGUAAUCAUGUUAUUAUCUAGGUUCUGUGCUUUGGUUUCGUGCUGUUCACACUAAUAUCAUCCAGAACACGUUUAUCUGAUUACUGGCCUAUACCCCCCCCCCCCCCCCUGGAUGGUAAUGCUGUUUUUGUGUAUGAUCCGUGCACUUGAGUUUUGCAACAUGAAUUCCACGCUCCCCGGGCUUCACACUCACUUUUAUGUUCAUCCAAACGGUUUGGGUGGGCAGCUGCAUCACGUGACACUCAAGGUGGAAUCAAAACGUCUUUCUUUCCCCUUGUGACCAAGUAGACCAUAGGUCAUAUGGGAUUCAUCUACUGCUUGCCUUCUACUCUUGCCUGCUUUUCGCGAUAGCAGCUUAUAAUUUCUCCUUGGGCACCCUGUAAGUAGACGAAAGGCCUGUUUGGUAUACUCAAGUUAAAUAUUAAAUACUACUACCGCCACUACUGCCCAGUUCAUUUUUUAAAUCUCCCUGUCGUCUAGUCCUGCCAAUAA